AUGACUACAGACCUACAAAGCAGUGUGAAGGUUCAGUUUUCCAGUGAGAGUCUGGCUGAGCAGCUGGUGGUGUGGCUCACCUCAGAAGGUUUCACCCUGAAGGACCUGGAGUCGGUCCCCUUCGGUGUGGCUCUGCCAAUCAGAGAGGCCAUCUACCGCUGCCGGGAGCGACCGUGCUCUGAUUGGUCAGAGGAGGUCUGUCUGCUGAUUGGGCGACAGGAUCUGACUAAACAAGCACACAAGAUGACCCUGGCCAAAAACAAAGCUGUCCUCAUCCCUCAGCCCUGGAAGGAGAGGAUAAGGUAG